GUUUACGGCCAAGUGGCAGGAGGAGCGGCAGUGGCUACGAGUGAGGUCACUACACAUCGUCUCAGUCUACUGUAACCAGUCUCACGGUACAGUACAAUCCAGAGUGGUCAUUUAGAUACCUGGAUACUCAAAUUACACUACGGUGCCACUAUGAGACUCUUAGCAGUUUUCUGCGCCAUUCUGGUUGGAGGAGCCUCUGCGUUGUACUCUGCAUCCAGUGGUGUGGUGGACCUGACACAAUCAAACUUCCAGAAGGAGGUGAUCAACAGUGAUGCUAUAUGGGUUGUAGAAUUCUUUGCCCCAUGGUGUGGGCAUUGUCAGGCACUGGUACCGGAAUACCAAAAGGCAGCUCAGGCCCUUAAAGGAGUUGUAAAGGUCGGCGCUGUUAAUGCUGAUGAGCAUAAGAGUUUGGGAGGACAAUAUGGAGUACGUGGAUUUCCUACCAUCAAAAUAUUUGGUUUGGACAAAAACAAACCUGAGGAUUAUAAUGGACAACGGUCAGCUCAGGGCAUAGUGGAUAAUGCUAUGAAGGCUGUUAAAGAAAAGGUGAAUGCCCAGUUAUCAGGGAGGAAGAGUGGUGGUGGUGGUGGCGGCGGCAGUGGCAGUGCUGAUGAUGUUAUUGAACUCACGGACAGCAACUUUGAAAAACUAGUUCUAAAGUCGGAUGAUUUGUGGCUUGUAGAAUUCUUUGCACCCUGGUGCGGACAUUGCAAAAACUUGGCACCUCACUGGCAGAAAGCAGCCACGGAGUUGAAAGGUAAAAUUAAGUUAGGAGCUCUAGAUGCCACAGUACACACAGUAAUGGCUGGCAAGUAUGGUGUACAAGGCUACCCUACCAUAAAGUUUUUCAACAAGGGAGAUGUGGAAGACUAUGACGGAGGGCGAACUGCAUCAGACAUAGUGGCUUGGGCUAAUGAUAAGGCUUCAGCAAAUGUUCCACCUCCAGAGGUAAUCCAGGUUACUGAUGAUGCUUCUUUAAAAGAAGCAUGCAAGGAACAUCCUAUUUGCAUUAUUGCAGUCCUACCCCACAUUCUUGAUUGCCAGAGCAAAUGCCGUAAAAAUUACAUUAGUAUGAUGACCAGGCUUGGUGACAAAUACAAACAAAAGAUGUGGGGUUGGGUUUGGUCUGAAGCCAUGGCUCAAAUUGAUUUAGAACAAGCUUUAGACAUUGGUGGCUUUGGUUAUCCUGCACUUGCUGCAUUGAAUGCCAAGAAGAUGCAGUUUGCUUUGUUGAAAGGUUCAUUUAGUGAAGAUGGAAUAAAUGAAUUCCUUCGAGACAUUUCUUAUGGGCGUGGGCGAACUUCACCAGUUCGUGGAGCACAGCUGCCGGCUGUGGCCAGGAUUGAGCCUUGGGAUGGCAAAGAUGGUGCUCUACCUCAAGAAGAGGACAUUGAUCUUUCUGAUAUUGACUUGGAUGAUUUAGAUGACGUGGGAAAAGAUGAAUUGUAAAAAUGAGUGAUAAGUUUCCUAGUUCACCUCCAAAUUGAAAAGGAGAGGAGCACAUUUGGUGUACAAAGGCAUAUUUUCUCAUGUUGAGAACAGACUUUGUGAACUGCAGCUUCUGCAUAUUUUGGCCGUGCAUCAAGAUCUGAAGUUUGCAUGCCAUUUUUCAUUUGAAUUACUGACAAGAAUUUUUUUUUUUUGCUGCAGGGGUUAAGAAUACAUUAACCUAGAAGAUGCAUAUUGUGAGCCAAACAAGUUCUACAGGUUAUGUGAUCUUUAUUAUUAGUUCAAAGACCCAAGGCCAAACAUGUUUCAUGACAUUAACAUUCCAGGAGCUUGCAGUAAUAUUAUACUAACAUUUUGGUCAUCUUGGCUUAUGCUGGGGGUUUAGUUAUUAAUUAUAAAAUGUGGUUAUAGUAGUUAUUUAUUAGUCCAAAUACAGUAACAGCAAAGUUCUUGGAGUUGCUUAAAGUUCUUGGUUAUAAGUGAAUAUUGUAUGUGUGUCAACACAAGUCUUGGAACUUAUGUCUAGGCUAAGAAAAGCUCUUUAAGAGAGUGGUGAAUUUGAUCAUUUGUACUUGCAGUUGUUUGAUUGAUGCACAAAUGUGUUCUGUUGUGUGAUUUUUGGAUAUAAACAAAGUUUUCUAAAA